AUGCUCAUACCCUCCUGGCUCUUUGCCUCCGCGAGUCGUUCGUCGAGCCAGGUCAGCGGCCGACGCUCUUGUAACUCCGUUUCAGAGCUUGAUGAGGGUGCUGGUGCUGGGACAGGAUGUGGAGUUGCUGGUCUAGAAGAGCUUGGUAGUGGUGUUGGGAACGGCUGUGUGGCGGGCAACGAGGUUGCGGCCGCAUCCUUGGGCAAAGUCGUGGCUGUCGUUGCGAGUGGGGGGUUGGAUUUAGGCGUCUUGGCCGUUGCUUCCUCGAGUUUUUGUCGCUUUCUCGGAGAACUCAGACCGGUUCUCAAUACGUAA